AUGGAGAUCCCAAACGGCAGAAACUUCGCCAACUGUUACAUGGAGCUGUGCAAGCAACAGCGACUUCGUCCCCUGCCGGUGAUCUGCGUGGCUCUGCCCCACAACUUGGACUUCACCACCGACAGAGUGAAAAUGGACGACUGGAAUCCGAUAUUGAAUUCCCUGUCCCUCGAUCGUAGCUUGAAGUCGAUCAGCGUUCGCAGUAGGUACCAGUGUCGCAAACCGUUGGAGGAAAUAAAUUCCGAGGACAAAGCCAGGACAAUGGGCAAAGCACCCGUGGUGUUGUCCCGUUAUCUCCUCGAGUGGUUAUCGCACAGCGUCGCCCAGUGCGUCAGAAACUCUCCAGUUCUAACGAGUCUGGAACUGGAAGGCAUACCGUUCCCUCCUGAUUGCAUGGCGGUGCUUUGCGUCGGUUUGUCGCAUACUCAGACGCUUCAUUACUUGUCCUUUCAACGCUGCUACAUCGGGGACGAUGCCUGCGAGCUGGUGUGUCGCACGGUAGCGGACGUACCAAGCGUCAGGUCGCUGAAUCUCAGUUCCUGCGAUCUGACGUCGAAAUGCGGACCAGCCUUGGCAGCGGCGCUCUCCAGACAGAAACUGUUGCUCUACCACGACACUUGGAAGCAAUCGUUGAGGUACCAGGAGCCAAACAUCGAAGCUAUGCCAGGAUUGCGUCGUUUGACGUUGAACGAGAAUCCUCAAUUGGGCGACACGGUGGCGAUAGAGCUGAUCGAAGCGAUAAGGGACAGCCUCUGGCUGAAGGCUCUGGACAUGCAGCGUUGCGGGCUCUCCGACAAGAUCGCCACCGAUCUUCUGGAACUGUUGGACUACAACACCACGUUGAUGGUUCUGGACGUCAGACAGAACGCGAAUCUGAACGAGGAGCUGGUGAAGGAGUUGAUCAAGAGGCUGGAACGCAAUAACGUGGACGCCAAGUCCGAAUACAGGUGGCUCGGUCUGCCCGAGCAGAAUCGAAGGGUAGUUUCAGCAGGUGGUAAAAAGAGGACGGAGAACGAGAACAAAACGCUGGCUAGGCCGCGUAGCGCCGUGGCAGAGUUCGCUAAAAGACCUCAUCAGGCUCCUUUGAGGAAAGGAGUCGCUCAGAUGACCAAUGCGGCAAGAUUGAAAGCGAGACCUCACGUUCCACCGUAUCCUCACGCGCGUCCUCAGCAACGACAGCAGGAGCAACAUCAGUCCAAGCAGAAAAUGUCCCUGCAUCUCGACCUGCAGUCUCAUAUCCAGCCGGUGAUGGGCGAGGGGACUGCAGACACUAAAUGCAGUCGAACCUACGACGACAGUUUUCAGAGAGAAACCGACAGGACCUCGUCGAAGAACGCUGACUCUACGAAAGUGGACGCCACGACGCAAAUAACGGAUCUAGAGAUCGAUGAUCCGGUCAGAACUCAGAUAGUUUUGAGCCAAUUGGCGGAGGCCAAUGCGGAACACGAUCGUCUCGUUGAGACGACCAGGCGCAGUAGUCUUUUACUGGCCGCUGAAAAAGGUCGUCGAGAAGAGGUCGAGGCGAAGUUGACCGCCAUGAGGAACAAUUUGACAGAAUUGGAGACAGCUUUGAAAGAAAAGGAGCAGGAGACGAACGGUUUUCUGUUGCUCAGCCAGCAGUCUCUGGACGUGAUUUGCAGUUCGUUCGAUCGCCUUUUGGAGAUGCUGGACAGUGUUACGAGGAAUCCGUAUACCAGCAGAAGGGAGAUAACCGAGGCGGCCAUUGUCCAGGCGGACAUAAAGGAACGGGUCGCCUCCGUAAUCCGGCAGACGAAGUCCGAGAAUCUGAGCAGAGGAUUUGUCGUGGACGUGGACGAGUACGAUUCGAUCAGGUACACGGAACCGAUCAAAAAGUUCGCCAAGUCGGAGAGCGACGUCAGGUCGACGCUGCCGCCGAUAUCGACGAUGCACUUGGAGAGGAAUAUCGGGGACAGUCCGGACGUUGAUUCACCCGCGUUGGCCAACAGAAUUCUACGCCACGAAGCGAACAAAGAUUCGGUGUCCCCCAGAGAGCGCGCCAGGGCGCUGUUCGCCCAGAUCGUUCACGGGGACUCUAUGUUCGAUUUUUGCAGCCACGUGGAUUAA